CGCGGCCGCCAGCAGAUUGCGCAAUCGCGUUGAAGUCGGGGCGCGGUAUCCGGACAAUUUAUCCGUCGCCGAACGCCCCAGUGGCAUUUGCAAAGAUGCUUGCGCGGUGUGCAGUGCGACGCUUCUCGGAGCUCACGAGCUCGAGCCGGAGCCGGCGCCACGUCAUCGCGGCCCUCGUCGUGAACCAGACGGGCUGCCUCGCCGAGAUCGCCAACCUCUUUGCGGCCCGCGGCUACAACAUCGACAGCCUCGUCGUCGGGCGCACGGACGUGCCCGAGCUCUCGCGCAUGAGCGUCGUCGUGCAUGGCACGGACCAGAACGUCUGGAACAUGAAAAAGCAGCUCGAGGACGUCGUCCAGGUCGCCGCCGUCAAGAUCCUCACGGGCCAAGAAGCCGCGGGCGAAAACGUCAUCGAGCGCGACCUCAUGCUCGCCAAGGUCUCGACACACCUUCCCGGCUCGCGCUCGGAAGUUGCAGAGCUCGCGGGUCUCUUUGACGCCAAGGUGGUUGACGUGACAUCGGCGCAGGUCAUGGUGCAGCUGGCGGGCACACCGCCCCGCAUCGAGGCCUUCCUCGAGCUCCUCAAGCCCAUGGGCAUCGUCGAGAUCCACCGGUCCGGCGUCAUUGCGAUGGAUCGCGUCAUGUCGGUGACGGACAAGACGGUCGAGAUUGCGUUCCAAGGCGCCAACGACGACGUGGGCAACAACGACGACGACGAUAUGGACAUCUCCAAGCUGCCGCCGGGCUAGACGCACAGUAAUACACUUGUGUUUUGUAUCC